AAACCGGAUUCAUUACUUCAUUUCUGUCAUUCACUUAGCACGUUACAUUCUCGCAUAAGUAUUUGUUGAACCUUAUUAAUACUUAUACCCUGAAGUGAACAAGACGUAGUGUGUGCAGGCCCCCCCACUAGGUGGAUCGACGAUCGGAAGGUCGUGGGAGGUGCCUGGGUGCAGGCGGCCCAGGACCGGCCGUUGUUGAAAUCCUUGGGGGAGGUCUUUGUCCAGCAGUGGACGUUUUUCAGCAUUUUGCUGAAACGAUAGUCUGAAGGCCUGACAUGAAUCCAUUCUUCAAUGACAUGUCUGACGAGACCGAGGGUAAUUUCGUAGAAAUGGAGGAGGAGGCGUGGCGAUAUGCCGUGAAAAAAAGAAGUUCUUCCAAAAACCACCAGAACCAUCAAAACCACCAAAAAGACCAAAAACAUCAAAACCACCAAAAUGACCAAAAUCAUCAAAUUAUAAAGACCCAGCCGACUCAGCAGAGUGUUCCUAAACCAGUUCACACAAACCCUACUGGUGCUGGUGACAAUUGGAAUGCUCAUCUCUUGCGGACACUUCCACCAGCUCAUCCAGCACAAGUGCAAAUCCCAAAUACGUCUCCAAACUUACAAUCUACUAUAAGGAGAAUUGCAACACAUGAUCAUGACCAUUACGCAUUUAUUCCUACCGCUGUUGGCCUCAAGGCGGUAAUGACCCGCAAACGAAGACGUACAGCAUUCAACACUGAACAGGUGGCGAUUCUAGAAGAAGUGUUUCGAGGCCGCCCCUACGUCAUCAGGGAGGAACGAAGCAGACUGGGAAAGAAGCUGGGCAUCAGUGAGGACGCCAUCAAAGUGUGGUUCCAAAACCGACGUCUGAAAGAAAAAAAAGAAAGAGAGGAGUUAGAAUUAGAGCUCCUCCAAGAAUACACGAGGAAUAACCCAUUUCCUCACACAGAGGCGUUGCUGCAGCAUCCAGACCAAAAUGGUUUUGUAACACUAAAUCAGGAAUCGAUAGAUGAGCUAGUAAACGCCAUUGAUGCGUGUCUGCCUAAAAACCUAGAUUUGACUAAAUUAAGCAGCAGUUUGGGCAUGACAGUGGACCCACAACAUAGUAGUCCACGCGUGUCAAUUCCUCCUCAAGGGUCUCCACUAAUGUCAAGUAUACUCAAGAAUGGUCUCAUUUACCAAUGAUCCGUAGGUAAAUUGAUUCAUGACAUUCGCAUAGUCUUAGGGUUUAGGCCUGGAAUAUUAGGUUUAUAUUGGAAAAUUAUAUUAUUGAUUUUGGAGCGAAGGCGGAAGUCAAUAGCGAUGUCUAAUAUGAACUUGUCUUUCUAUGAGUAGGCAUUGUUACAUCAAGCACUUUUAGUAUUACUGAAUUGUAUUAAACUAUUAGAGAUAACCAUGAUAGAUCCUUAAAAUUAUUAAAAUAUCGUCGUUUCAACCAAAACAUGUCCACUGCUAAACAAAGGCCUCCCCCGAGGAUUUCCACAAAAACUGGUGGUACGCUGCCCUUCCAGAUGCUUGCUUCCAUCAAUUUUUGAAAAAGUUUUGAAAAAUUACCAUAAUACUCGUAAUACUAAUUGAUGUUUAGUUUUUAUAAGGUAAAUCGUGUUUUAUUUUAUACCCUGCACAAAU